GACCAGCCCAUUUACUGCAGACGAAUUUGAAUUAGAAACAAAUAUACUUUCGGUUCAAUUGUAUCAGGGCUUUGUGUCUGCCUUUUGGAAAAGAAUGCAGGGAUUGACUUCAAAUAUGAUUUUUAUUUCUGAUAUGAUGAUAAUUCGUCUGAACUUGCAUUCUUGUUUUGAUGUUUAAUUUUGUUCUUUAUAAAUUUGUGUUCUACCGCAUGCUUCCAUACGCUGAAUCUUCCACAGACGAUUUUUCAGCAACGUGUUUAUUAUUCAUCCAAUUUAGACGUAAGACGUGCUGUAACGAGUUAAAAGGCGUCGUCGUUACCUUAGCAACUACAAUUGUCGAUCGCAUUACCAUGGGGACAGCUCCCGACCUCAAUCACCUCGGAUGAAGAGGAUAAGCAAAAGCUGUGAUCUAAUGUGUUUUAUAUUCCAAGAAUGAGGUAGCAACGAAACUGAAAAGUGAUUCCCUUUUUAUUAUUCCUGUAAAUUAUUUGCUCAAAGACUACUGUUAGCAAUAACGUUCUAGAACUAUUUCCCUUUCCACUGGUUUGGAAACAAUAACCACUUCACAAAUGAAGUGCAUUGACGAAGACAAAAGUGCUGUCUGGCAGCUAUUGCCGAGGCAAGAUCUUGAAGUGCCAAUCGAGAGUGACUCUCCCACCCCGACCGAAAACUGUGUUCUCACUUCGAAUGGAACUCUCACCAAAUGUUCGACCGUCCCUCGAAACAUGUGCCUUAAUGGAUAUUCCAAAGAGAGAACACCCCUCUCACCCAGAUUCUGUGGUCCCAGAAUUGUCCGGAGACACAAGAAGAGGGUCAUUCUGAAGAAUGGUGGUGUCAAUAUAUCACGUGAAAAUGUGUCCAAAAGAGGACAACGAUAUUUGCAAGAUAUCUUCACGACUAUGGUGGACAUUCAGUGGCGCUGGAACCUACUGGUGUUCGCUAUGGGAUUUUUUGCCAGUUGGGUGUUCUUUGCGGUACUGUGGUAUUUAAUUGCAUUUGCCCAUGGGGAUCUUGAACAUACAGAGGAUGAUGAUGCGUGGAAGCCCUGCGUGGAGAAUGUGCACAGUUUUGUGACGGCGUUCCUUUUUUCUGUGGAAAGUCAGCACACUAUUGGUUAUGGUUACCGAUAUACAACCGAAGAGUGCCCGGAAGGUGUCUUCAUGAUGUGCAUACAGUCAGUCACUGGUGUCAUGAUACAGUGUCUGGUGGCUGGCAUGGUAUUUGCCAAAAUAGCCAGGCCCAAGAAAAGAAGCCAAACCCUAAUGUUCAGUCGUUACGCUGUCGUCUGCUUAAGAGAUGGCGUUCUAUGCCUGAUGUGGAGAGUUGGAGACAUGCGAAAAUCACAUAUCAUAGGAACACAAGUGACUGCACAAGUGAUUCGCAGGAAACUCACUGCAGAAGGAGAAAUUAUACCCUACUACCACACACAAAUCGAUGUGCGGUUUGAUAAUGUUGGAGAUAGAGUCUUCCUCAUCUGGCCGGCGACCAUCGUCCACGAGAUCACUGAAUCGAGUCCAUUCUACAACAUGUGUGCCAAAGAUAUCUUGAGCGACUCGUACGAACUAGUGGUUGCCCUGGAGGGUACUAUAGAGUCCACAGGACAAGCCAUACAGGCAAGAACCUCCUACAUCCCGACAGAGAUUUUGUGGGGACAUCGCUUUGAACAAAUGGUCUGCUACAACGAUAAUACGGGCGAAUUCCUACUUGAUUAUAGGAAGUUCGACAGUACGUAUGGUAUUGAAACUCCUCUGUGUAGUGCUCGCGAGUACUACGAGUACUGUCGAUUAAUGAAUGGCUCGUCGAGGGCUGUGAGUUACUCGGCAGCCACCGAAGUCACCAGCCUUGCCUCCUUCAGAAGAAGCGAGUCCUCAGAUGCACCGCACGCCGCUGGACUGCAUGGUCAAGAAGAUUCGAACCAAUUAUCAGGAAGUUGUGAUGAGUGUUGAAUACAUAGAUUGCUGCUAAUAGAAAUACUCAUAUUCUAACGUUCUUUUUUCAUGGUAAUGACGUCAUGCAUAUGGAUUAGACCAAAUUCUGUGAUAUUCAGUUUGAUUUGGCGCCAAGGAAAUAUAAAGUUUCAUAUUUUUCGAUUUUGCAUCGUAUACAGACCUUUAAGUGUCUUUGAUUUCAUUCCAAAGGAGAGACCAAAGAUAUUUUUGGAAUUCCAACUUUUCUAACACGCAGUGGAACAAUAUAGUAUUCUAAUAUUCAUUCUUCGUGAUAUCUGAAGUCGGAGCAGUAUUUCCAAAUAUUGAGAGUGUCUUAAUUUAUAUGAAUCCCAGAGAUUAUGACAAUCAUUUUAAGUUCUGUACAAUUCUAAAAUUGAUUUUUUAGUGACCGUUAAUGAAUUUUUUACCUGUAGUUAUUAUUUUUAUUUCAUUUCAUUAUUUUAAUAUAGAUUUUGUUGUGUAUAUCUGAUACUGUGUUGAUAUUUAUAUGUAAAAAUACAAAUAUUUGUUUAGAAAUAUUACUUAUCUGCGAAAAGUAGGUAUUUUAUUGGCUUUGAAAAGUUUUCUACAUUUUAUAUCUUGAAAAGUUGUUUUAUAGUGAUUAUUAAAUACUGCAUGAUUGUGAAAUGAUCAUUCCAGUUUUAUAAAAAAAUUUGUCUUUAAAUAAUUCCAAAAUUUUAUUUGAAAAAUUGUUUUUUUUUCCUUCCUUAUUUCUGUAUAGUAUUUACAUAUUUUUUUUAACUAAAUUUCUUUCAUUAUAUUAAUAAGGAUUUUUGUUUAAAUUUAACAUUUUUUUUUAUCUACAUUCCAUUUUGAAAUGAGAAUAAUUUUAUUUGAUUUUUGUUGCAUUUGAAUCAAUAAAUAGAACCUUUAACUUAAAUAAAUUUUAAUCAUCCUAUAAUUAAUAAAAUUAACUUAUCGCUAAAUAAUAAUACAUCUAAGUUGCAUAAUACUAUAAUAGUGGUUAAAAAAUUUUUAUUAUUUUUACUUUUAAUUAAAAUUUUUAGCAGUACAAAAAUCCCACAAUUUAACAACUCUUUAAAAACUCACAGAAAUAAAUAACAAAAAUAUACAAUUUUUCAAUGAAUAAGCUGUGAUGGUAUUUUAAAAUGUUUACAAUGUGCCUUUUCAAACAAUAAAACUUAAUGAAUUUAUUUGAAUUGCCUUUUAUAAAUAUUCACAUGAAAAUGUUUUUUUAGCUAAUUUCAACAAUUAUGUCAACACUACUUUUAUUUUUAACAGGAAAAUUUGCGUUCUUCAUCAAAUGUGUUUCAAAUAUGUGGCAAUAAGAAUUAAAAUUCUAGUAUGAAUAAUAAUAUUUUUUUUCUUUUUUGUUCUAUUAAUUAGUGGGAACAUGAACAAGAUUGUAUCAAAAAUUGUGUAUUUUAAGUAAAUGUUUAUAUUCAUGUAUGUUUAUUUUUGCAUUAUUCUUCACAGUAUGAACAUUUAAAAUGAUUUUUAAAAAUAUGCUUUAACUAAAUGCGCAUGAUUCGAUAAUUAUUGAUAUAUUUUGGCGGUAUCUAAUUUAUACAUGGAGAUGUUAAAUCUUCGAUUUAGUCUAUACAUAUUAAGUGAUAAAGAAUUAAAACUUGCAGAAUUUCGGUUAAUUUUACCAAUACUUUAAAAUGCCCAGUAUAACAUAGGUGGAACAAAUGAACUAUUGUAGUAUUUAUAUAUUAUAUCGGUAGGCAACGAAUACACAUAACAAUAAACGAAUUUAUUAAAGCGAAGAAUAAUACAUUAAAAAAAAUCAUGUUAUCACUAGAAAAACUUUU